AUGCUGCCGCCGGAAGACGACACGGGCUCCGGCCGGUUCAGGGACGGCUCGUGGACUGGGCUGCUGGGCGCGGUGGUGGCGGGCCGGGCGGACAUGGCGGUGAACGCGAUGGCGCUGGUGCCGGAGCGUCUGCCCGCCAUGGACUUCACGUACCCGCACGUCGUGGACGGCCUGGCGUGGACCGUGCGGCGCGCGGGGCCCAGGCCGCGUUGGCACUCCCUCGCUAUGGUCUUCCCGCUCUCCGGCUGGGGCUGCAUCGCCUUCCUCUAUCUGACCGCAGCGGUGCUGCUGCGGGCUUCGAGAAACGCUCAGUCCGUCACCUCCGGCCUGUUGACUGCGUGGGCGGGUCUGAUGCAAGUGCCGUCGGCGGAGCCACGUCGCUGGCGGCGCUUCUAUGCGCCGUGGCUGGCGGCGUGCUUCCUGCUGGGAUCCGCCUACAGCUCCUGCCUCGUGGGGCUGCUCGUCGAGCCGGGCUACGAGAGGCAGGUGGACACAAUGGACGAGAUUCUGGCGAGUAAAAAGAACUUUGGAUUCCAGAGUGUGAUUGAUUACUUCCUGGAGGGUGACGACUGGCGACUGCAGGCGCUGCAGCGCGAGUACGCCGUUGUCUCGGCUCAGAUGGUGGAGUGGGUGGUCAAGUACGACUAUGCCUACAUAUCGUCACGCCGUGUCGCCAGCUACUACCAGAGCUACGCCCCCAGGGACACAGCAGGGCGCUCACGCAUCCACGUGUGUUCUUUCAACUUCGUCACCUACGGCACCACCACGUAUAUCACUAAGGACCAUCCGCUGCGCGACCGAAUCAACGAUAUUGUCUUCUCUAUUGCUUCCGCCGGUCUGGUACCCAAGUGGUCUUCAGACAUCGAGUUUGCGGCGCGGCUGCAGCACAGUCGUACCACGGAGCCUGGAGCAGACGGGGGUUCCCCGCAGCCGCUGCAGAGGCGCCACCUGGACGCCGCGCUGGCGCUGCUGGUGCUGGGGCUGGCCGCGGCCGCAGCCGCCUUCGCUGGAGAGCUGGCCGUACACGCCUGGCGGCGAAGGCGGAGGGUGGAGGCAACGCGUUCCUCUCACUCGCGCCGGGCGGCGCUCUUGGGAACGGCUCCUGCAUUUGGAAAGCUCUUGGAUAUGUAG